AUGCAGCGCAGCCUUGCUGCUGCAGCACGCCAGCAGCAGCAGCAGCAGCGGCAGCAGCAGCAAGUUGCAGCAGCAGCUGUGCGGCCACCAGGUGGAGGCCCUGCGGGGCCUCUGCCGAUGCGGCGACAGCAGCAGCAGCAGCAGCAGCAGCAGGGGCAGCCCCAACCGUAUGAAGGUGUAGAUUGCUUAUACAGGUAUGUGCAGCAGCAGGUGCAGCAGCAGCAGCAGCCCCCGCGUAACGACGGCGUGCUGCAGCAGCUCCUUGCUGCUAGCAGCAAAGAAGAGUAUAUGAAAGGUCUAAGACUUGUGGCUAGCAGCAGCUAUCUCUCUUAUCUGCAGCGCCCUGUGCUUCCUAUUGAUAUAAGGCCUUGGUUAAAGCAGCAGCUGCAGCAAGAAGAAGAAAAGCUUGCUGCGCUGCAGCAGCAGCUGCAGCAGCGCCAACAGCUCCUGCAGCAGCAACUUCAAUACCUCCUCUUGCAGCAAAGGAGGGACAAGACACGCAGCAGCAGCAGCAGCAGCAGCAGCGUGAGUCUGCUGCAGCAGGAGCUGCAGCAGAUAAGAGAUCGAAGGGUGGUGUGCAUGCAGCAGGCACAGUAUCUGCGAGAGAAGAUUCAUGCUGUUGAAGCCGAGCUGCUGCAGCGGCAGCCUCCGCGUUUGCUGCUGCAGCUGCUGCAUUUAGCAGCAGAGAAGGCUCAGCAGCCGCCCUAUGCAGGGACGGGCCCUGCUGCUGCAGCACUCGCAGCAGCAGCAGCAGCAAAAGGUCAGACUGCAGGAGCAGCAGCAGAUCCUAUAGGAAGCACCAUAGCUGCAACAGAAGCAGCAGACUUUCCUGUAUCCGUGCCUCCUGCUGCACUGUCGGAGCAGCAGCAGCAGCAGCAGCAGCAGCUGCAGCAGCUGCAGCGCUACGGCCUUAUCCCCGAGUGGCUGUUAGGAAAAGGCUUAGGGGCUUUAGCUCGUCCUGUAGGCUUAGCACUGCAGCAACAGCAGCAGCAGCAGCAGCAGCAGGAGCUAGCAGCAGUUGCUGCUGCAGGCUGGGCGUCCGACUUCCCGCUGCUGCAGCAGCUGCCAGCAGAAGACGCAGCAGCAGCAGCAGCAAGAAGACUUCAGGCAGCAACUGUUCGUGCUUUUGGGGCUACAGACGCAAAUGAAUCUCCUCUUGAAUACAAACAACGCAUGCAGCAGCUGCUGCAGCAACAGCAGCAGCAGCUGCUGCAGCAGCGGCAGCAGCAGGGUCUGCAACAACACCAGCAGCAACAGCACCUGCAACAGCAGCAGCAGCAGCAAGAACAGAAACAGCAGCAACAGAAACAGCAGCAACAGCAGCAGCAGGAGCAGCAACUGCCCCUUCAUUCUGCUGCUGGUGUUGCUGCAGCAGCGCUGCAGCUGCAGCAAGAUGCUGCGAAGGCUCAGCUGCCUCCAUCUGUGCUGCAGCUGCUGAGUCGCUACGGGCAUUUCAAUCUUCAUAAUUUAAACCUCAAGGGAUCCCUAGCAGAAAACGCAGAGCUGGUGCAGAGGGCAGCAGAUGAUUUACAUUUAUUAUUUCACCGUUUGUCUUCUGCUGCUUCUGCGGAGCUGGCGGAGAAGCAAAGCGAGGAAGCAGCAGAAGCAGCAGCGCAGCAGCAGCAGCAGCAGCAGGAGCUUCUUGGGGUGUCUAGACAGUGGGGAGGUGCGGAGGUGGACCCCGUACAGAUUUAUAUUGAUGCUGCUAAUGAAGAAAUGCAGCGACAGCAGCAGCAAGAAGAAGCAGAGACAUUCUUAACUGCUGUGCAGUUGGCGAGAGAUAAACUUAAAGAAAUUCAAGAAAGACGCAGCAGCAGCAGCAGCAGCAGCAGCAGCAGCAAUACCAGCAGUGACAGCAAUAACAGCAGCAGCAGCAACAGCAACAGCAACAACAAUGGCAGCAGCAGCAGCAGCAGCAGCAGGCGGCGUCGGCGGUUGCUGCGAGAGAGACAGGAGGAGCGCCAGGCAAUAGCUGAGGCGUUAGAGCGAGCACAUGCGUUGCAUGCAACAGAAAGAUAUCUGCAGCUGCUGCAAGCAGUGGGAGACGAAGAAGAAGAAAAAGACGAAGCAGCAGCAGCAGCAGCAGCAGCAGUAGGAGAAGAAGCAGCAGCCCAAAGCAACACACAGCAGCAGCAGCAGCAGCAGCAACAGCAGCAACAGCAGCAACCGCAACAGCAGAAACGGCAGAAACAGCAGCAGCAGCAGCAGCAACAGCAGCAGCAGCAGCAGCAGCAGCAUGAGGAGCUGUCUCUUGCUGCGCGUGAGGAGCGUGCUUUAUCAACAAUUGCAGCAGCACGAGAGUUGCUGCUGCAGCGAGCAGCAGAAUGCAUUGGGAGAGAAGCAGCAGCAAAAGGCGGUGUUAUAUACCCAGGGAUGUUAGUCAAAGGAGAAGUAAUUAAAGUGCUGCCGCAUGCAGCUGUUUUAGAUAUUGGGGUGGGUAUAGACGCGCUGCUGCUGCAGCAAGAUGUGCUGCUCCAGCAGGAAGAGACGGACCAGCAGCAGUACCAGCACCAGCAGCAGCAGCAGCAGCAGCAGCAGCAGCAGCAGCGGGGUCUUGCUGGGUUUAUUAAGGAAGGAGACACGUUACACUGCGUUGUAUUAGGCAUUCCUGGUUUCUUGCCCGCUUCUCACGUUUGCAACGCUUCAUUACUGGAGCCCCCUCAGCAGCAGCAGCAGCAGCAGCAGCAGCAGCAGCAGCAGCAGCAGGUGCAGGUGCAGCAGCCAGUAGUGGUGCAGAUAGGGUGCAGCCGUGCGUUGCUGCAUGCAUCAGAGAUAUCUCGGGUGUCUGUUGACCCCUUUCUUGUUUUUAAAGUUGGCGACAAAAUACGUGCAAUUGUUAAAAGUUAUAAUCCAACAACGGGAAAGAUGCUGCUAACAACGAAAGCCCUUGAGCAGCAGCCAGGCGAUAUAAUUAAAAACAGAGAUUCUGUAUUUGCUGCUGCUGAGGUGUCUGCAGCAAAAUAUAAACAGCAGCAGCAGCAACUGCAGCAGCUGCAGCAAGCUGCAGCACAGCAGCUCCUGCGCUCUCUAGGCAUCAACGACGACCAACAACAACAGCAGGAAGAGGAUAAGCAGCAGCAGCAGCAAACCCCAGAAGGAGCAGCAGCAGCAGCAGCAACAGCAGCAGCAGAAGAGACAGACAUAAAAUGCAACAGGGCAUCAAGGAGACACCGUCUUUGGGAGGGAGUAUCUCAAGACAAUCAUCUCUUGUCUUUCCUGCAGCAGCGGCUGCAGGCUCUGAAGCGCAGCCGCAACUCAGCAGCAGCACCAGCAGCAGCAGCAGCAGGAGGAACAGCAGAAGAUGCAGGAGCAGCAGCAGAAAGGGCAGCAACAGGGAAGGUAAAAGAGACAGUGUCUCCUUUGCCUGGGGGCGGUGCUGUGCGUGAAGUGCAUAUACAAGAAGGCAGCGAAGAAGAUGCUGCUGCUGCUGCUGCUGCUGCUGCUGAAGCUAUCGCUAUCCGCAACGCGCUGCAGCAAUCAAAGUUUAUUUUAAACAGCAACUGGGAUAUCCCUAAGGUAACAGAAGGGCCCUUAGAACACAUACAGUGGGAAUUCAUAUAA